UGAGUGAGUUGUUUAUAGACAUUCGUCUCUGGCUUUAGACAUCUUCAAAACUUCUAUACUGCGCCUGCUGGAGGUCAAAAUGUCUAAUUCAUCAGCCGAUUUCUAUCCAACAUCGGGCCUGUCCCCAUUCCUGAUCGUCCUCCGUACCAGUUUCAUCACACUCCUUAGCUUGCUCAUCAUAACUGGGAACAUUUUCUCCAUCGUCGUGACGCGUCGUAUGAACAACAUGGCCGACAGCACCAAAGUUUUAAUGACAUCGCUGGCCGUUUAUGACUUUCUCGUUGGUGUAGUGUCAUCUUUUAGUAUCUUCGCCUCCGCAAUGGAUAGAUGGCCAUUCGGCGAUUGGGGUUGCCGAAUCAUAACAGUCAUUAAGACUAUCGUUCUAAUAAUGUCAUUAGACUCCAUUUUAUUGCUGAAUACUGAGCGAUAUAUUGCCGUCACAUGGCCGUAUAAAUUCCCAGUCUGGUGCACCAGACGUCGCACAAUCAUCUUCGUCAUUUUUACAUCGAGUUUGUCUUGCGCAGGUACAAUAAUUUCACAUCUAUGUGGCCUGACAGGAAUAUAUAUUCCAGCCACUACAGCAUGCUUUCUCGCAAACAACUCCGAAUUCAUCAACAUUCUAGUUUUUCUUUUUGUCAUCGUGUUUCCCAUGAUAUCCAUGACAUUGAUCUACUACCGUCUGAUUAAAAUCAGCCGUGGGCACCAACAACGAAACAACCGCAACGGACAAAACGAAGGCGGCAACAUUCAAGACAACAAAGCUCUGAAGACGUUCCUAGUGGUCACCUUAACUUUUGUCUUUUGCUACACGCCGUACAUGGUAACAAGAACGGUGCAAUUAUACACCGGGGUGGAAUACCCCGACUGGACUCUCUUUGUGAUAUCUUGGCUUUACGUAUCCAACAGCGCCUUCAACGUGUUCAUAUAUUGUCUCUUUAACCAAGCUUAUCGUCAAAUGGCAAGGAGGAUCAUUUCAGAGAGAUUUCCGAGCUGUAAAGUGUCUAUUGCUCCAGUCAAUAUCUAACUACAUGUAUUUGGACUGAAUCUGGUCAAAUACUGGAACCUAGUCAAAGUUUCAUCUGUGUGUAGGAUCCUGCUCCUUACCAGUGGAGCAAUGAUCGUUUAUUUUUUAAGAUAAAACAUCGGAACUAAAGUACAUAAAACUAAAGCAGUGAUGACUAACCAAUUGAUUGAGAACAUUAAAGACACUCAACCUAUCAAAGACAUAAAUAUUGCUCUAUCUUGUGAACUUUCAAAUUGAAAAUUGUAAAUAUUUAUAUCCAGUAGCAUGCAACUGACAUCAUUUGAUAGCUAUAUCAGUAGAGCCUUGCGUCUGUGUGCAGGUAACAACCGUGUUUGGUUAAAUUAGCAACAGUGCAUGUGUUUACAUAUCUACUCUGCAAAUGAGCUUUUAUGAAUUUCCGCCCAACCUGUCAAUUUUCAUCAUUAAUCUCGUCAGUCAUCAUCCAGACGUAUAUUAAGGGAAAAUGUGUGGGCGAUUGGCAAAAUGCAUACUGACUACAGGGAGUGGCAGGCUAAUUAUAAUUAAAAAAGAUACAGAAGAAUUGUUGAUUGUUACUUACUCCU